AUGCAGCUGGACAGGGGAUCGAUCCCGUCGGAGAAUGAAGACAUGGUAGAGGCUCUUCGUCGCCACCGAGAGAUCCUGAGAUGGGAGACGGAUCUCCUGAGGAGGGAAAUCACGUCCCGGGAUCUGGCGACCAUGACCGGAAAGAAGGCUUAUCUAAAGCGCCAUGAUGCCGAUGGCGAUGGGAGAUCAAUAUCACCUCAGCUGCUCGAGCAGAUGUCCCUCCAGAUCAAAGAAAUCAAACCAGUGAGUUUGCCCUACCUCGUGGAUAAUCGUGAGGAGGCCCUCGAUCUGCUCUUGCACGAGGCGCACAAAUUGGCCUACCGGAUCCAGUCUCUGAGGAAAGAAUUCAGUGCCACCAUCCCCUUGGAGAAGCUCAGAUUAUUCCAUCUCCUGUCGCAAGAAUGUCUCAGGAUCUCCGAAACCAUAGCGACGCAUGGAUCGCCAAUUUCAUGCAAAUCUUCCGAGGAUGCUGAAAUUUCUCUUUUCAAAGAGCGCCGUAUUGGCUGGGAAUCUACUUGGGGCAGCCCGGUGUCACGGUGUGGCAGCUUCAAUGAUACAACCACACUGUCUCCUAUGUACUUUACGCACUGCGCACCUAGUGUCAUCGCAUCCUACAGGACCGAUGCCUUGCAGAUCUACUCCUUCAAAAUCUGUGACCUAAAUGACAACUUGAAGUGGCCACUCUAUGUGUAUGGCGUGGUGGCUGCUCGAGAUGAUGUGGACUGUAACCGCAACCUUCUCUUCUGUCGCUCCAGGGCUAACUGCCAAGUAGUCACAGAAAAGGAUCCUGUUUUGCACUUGACUGGCCCUUCUCGUGCAAUUGUGGCUGACGAACCUGUUGACUUUGAAGUCGAACUAAAGAUAAAUUGUGGAACAGAUCAGUCCCAAGAUAAAGCAUUGAUCAGUUCUACUAACCACUACAUUUUUUCUACCAGUGACACUUCUAGAGGUGAUGCUGCUUUUUUCUUUGGCCGCUCUUGUUCGGCAAACUUGAGCCUUGAGACACUUCAUAGAGCGGUCCAGGCAACUAUAUUGUCUAUUCGUGUGGUUGGAGGAGUGCCUCUUUUUGAAUUUGGAGGCCGAGUUGCUUGCUCCUCAUCUACUGAAGAGUCUGCUGAUCCCACAUGUAAGCAAGUUGUUUUGCUUGAUUCUGUUGAAAAAAUACCCGAAGAUGGACUAGAUGGUUACCUUCCCCUGUUAAGGAACGUUGUUUCGGUACAAUUAGAAGGAGGAUUGAAAGUUGCCAUACAAGCCUACGGGGGAUCUAGUCAUCCAUCCGGAUCUGGCCUUGUUUACUUCCCUGCACAGUAUUGCAAUGUAAAUCAGCGUACAUGUUUGGUUUGUGGCUCUCAGGUGGAGGUCACUGUUGCUUGGUCCCGGCUUGUCAAGGACAAGAUGAAUAUCUUGUCUAGGUAA